AUGCCGAGCACCUGCUUCGGCUCGGAUGCCCCGUGCUUCUGCGGCACGAGUGGACCGACUGAGGCUCUCCGAGGUUCCACAUCCUCUGCUGCAGUCACGGAUGAGGUCACUGAGGCCGCUACAAGCGAAGAAGGUACGACAGCAGCUCCCGAAGCAACGAGUACGACUGGUUCUGAAGCUACUGUCGAUGCCACAGUGGCGGCCAGUACAGCUGUUAUGACCGAUGAGGUGGCUGUCACUACUGCACCUCCUGUGACUGGCGAAGUGACCAUCAGCACGGCAGCUGGGGAAGCUCCCGGUAGAGACAAGGAUGACUCUGAUGCUACCACCAAGGUCACUACGGAGGCUGCAACUGUCACGACUACGAUCGGUGCUCCUGUUGAGCCUACUACUAUCACGUCCCCUUUCCCGGUCAGCACAGCUGCUGUGACCGAUGAGGUUGCUGUCACUACUGCAGCUCCUGUGACUGGCGAAGUGAUCAUCAGCACGGCAGCUGGGAAAGCUCCCGGUAGAGACAAGGAUGAUUCUGAUGCUACCACCCCGGUCGCUACUGAGACUGCGGCUGGCACUACUACGAUCGAUGCUCCUGUCGAGCCUACAACUGCUAUCACGACCCCUCAACCGGUCAGCACAGCUGCUGUGACCGAUGAGAUUGUUGCUACUACUGCAGCCCCUGUGACUGGCGAGGUCACCAUCACGACGGCAGCUGGGGAAGCUCCGGGAAGAGACAAGGAUGAUUCUGAUGCUACCACCCCGAUCGCUACUGAGACUGCGACUGUGGCUACCACGAUCAGUGCUUCUGUUGAGCCUACUACUAUUAUGACGUCCCCUCUACCGGUCAGUACACCCGCUGUGACCGAUGAGGUCGCUGUCACUACUGCGGCUCCUGUGACUGGCGAGGUGACUAUCACCACGGCCGCUGGGGAAGCUCCGGGAAGAGACAAGGAUGAUUCUGAUGCUACCACCCCGGUCGCUACUGAGACUGCGACUGCCACUAGGAUCGAUGCUCCUGUUGAGCCUACUACUACUAUCACGACCCCUCAACCGGCCAGCACAGCUGCUGUGACCGAUGAGGUUGUUCCUACUACUGCAGCCCCUGUGACUGACGAG